GCAGUUUGCUGCUGCCUUCCCCAGAAGCCACUUCUUGCUUCCCCCUUUUGGAAACACAGAAGCAGCAGCGGUGAGUGGCUCUGCACCGUCCCAACCCCUCGUGCUUCUCCAAAUCCUCCGUCCCCCUGCAGGUGUGGGGCUGUCUCCAACGUUCUUAUGUCUCUGCCUCUUUGCUGCUGGGAUUUUUGUUUCAAGAAAAGCAAGGGGGAAAACAGCCUGGUGGGGUGGGAGCGUUCUCUUGGUGCAGUCUCAGGCAAUGGGAACACGUGCUCCUUGUACCAGGUGUCUGGCAUAGCCAGCCCAGCUGUUUGUUAUUUACCCAACUGAGGCAGCAUCCGGGCUCCAUCCCUCAUUUAUUGCCCCAGGAGCCCUGGAUACGUUGCAGAGCUACAGUGAGGCUGAGCAGGGUCUCACGUUGUCCCCAAGCUGCCACUCCCCAUGAACUUGUGGGCAGAUUUGCAUGUGUCCUCCCCACUGCUUGCGCAGCUGAAGCCGCUGCUGCCUCGAGUUGGGGAUGGAGAGAUGGGGCAACUGUGUGGCCGGCGACGGUGUCCCUUCAUCCCCAGGCUGCUGGCUCUGCUACUUGUCGCCACAGGCACUGCAGCUGCCCAGAUCGAGCCAGUGAGCGGUGUGCUGGGGCACUCGGUGCAGCUCCCUCUGCAGCUGCAGCCUGGCAGCAGUGUGAAGAGGAUCAUCUGGAGCUUCAGAGCCAAUGCCAGCAAGAAAACAGAAGUGGCUGAGUACAACCUGGAGAUGUCCGAGCAUUUCAAGUACAAUAGGCAGCGGCUGGAGUUGUUCAAUGAGACAACACUGCAGAUCAGUGCCCUGGAGCAGAGUGACAGUGGGGUCUAUGAUGCACACAUCACGUAUCAGUCAAAUGAGAUGGAUGAAAGCUCCUUCAACCUCACUGUCUAUGAGCCUGUGCCAGUGCCCCUGAUCCAGCAUGAGAUGCUGUCCUACACUGCCCAGAACUGCAGCAUCAUCCUGCGGUGCUUGGUGCCGGCUGGAAGUGGUGCUCAGACCACCUGGAAGCACGAAAACACCUCCAGUGCAACUUGUCCACAGAGUGACAACAGUCAUGUGUUGAACCUGAACAUCCCUGCCAGCGCCCCGAAUGUCAUCUACACCUGUGUGGCCUGGAACCCGGUACAGGAGCGGAGCAAGUCCGUGGACCUGGCAGAACUGUGUGCACAAGAGGCACACAGGUGGAGGUGGCCCAUUUACCUGGCAGUGCUGGUGGGUGUUGUGGGAGCCUUGAGCAUCGCGCUGUACCUGCUGAAGAGGAGGAGAAAGGCUGACAGAGCUGCCGCCUGCCCCGAGGAGCUGCUGUACUCCCAGGUGCAAAGGAGAGAUGUCGAGGACAGGGAUGAGCAGGGUCCCAGCAGAACCAUCUACAGUGAGGUGGGGAGCGCUGGGGAUGGCACAGCGUGGCCACAAGCCUGAGCGACGAUGGACGGACGGACGGAUGGACAGCCGGACAGCCUGCCCCCAUCUUGCUUUAUUUCCCCGUGUUCUUUCCCCUUCCUCCCCAUAGAACACGGGCCUGGCGGUGCUCCCCGCGGCCCCGGGCUGUGCACGGCCCCAAUAAAGGCA